UAAUUGACACACACUUUUGCGGAAUUUCGUUGCUACGAGCCAAUUCUAAAAUCAUUAUUAACAAUAUUUGUAAAUUUCAAAUGCACAAAUUUAUAAUUACUGUGUUACUAACACAGUAACCCAUAUCGCAAUAUCGUUGCUAUUUACGUUCUUAAUUGAGGAAUGAUUAACACAUGUUUUUAAUUAAUAAUUAAAAUUAUUUCUUAAAAUAAAAUGUGUUACACAUGUCUGCUAUUUCACUGGUUGGACAUCAGUAGGGUGAGGACUGUGUGAAUUUUAGGGAGUGGAGCGAUGUAAAAGUUGAGAAGUUGAGGUUUUUUUUGUUUUUUUUUUUAAGUUGAAAUAGCGCCAGCCGUGACCCGAAACCGGAUCGCAUAAUUAGACUAGCAAAUCAGAACUCACUGAGAGCUUACCGCCUUCAAAUCUACUUCUUCUAUGGGCUAUGUGUAGAAAAAAGUCAUACAUAUAUGUUUGCAUGUAUGAAUGUAAUCAAAGAAAAUAGUAGAGAAGAAAAAAAUAUCUACUCUCUUCGUGCACCCCUCUUACCUCUUCGCGGUGCUUGAACUAAAGAAGGAAAGAAAAAAGUCUGUAUAGGUUUUGUGUAUCUUUGUGUGUGUGUGUGAGAGAGAGAAGAGAAUAAAACAAACCGACAACAGAGAAAUGAGGAUUACAAACAAAAACAGAAAAACAGGAAGGAGCAAUUUCGUCCUGUGAAGUCCCAAAAGAACUUGGUGGCAUAAAACCUAUUAUUAUGACGAGAACAACAAUAACAGCAAUGACUAGAGAUAGCAGUAGAGGUAGCAAAUAAUUAUAAACGAUGAUUUAAUUGUCAAUAUAAUGUAUGAAAGACCAAGCAAGAAGAAAAAACUUUUCCCUGCCCUCCCUCACAAUGCAAGACUUUAUUUCUGACAGGAUCAUAACAUUAACAACGGAAGAAAAAAAAAUUUUUUUUCGCAACGCUGACCAUAUAAACAUUUGUUAGAUUUAAAUGAAUGGAUAUCUCGCAUAAUGUAAUCUUGUACCAGAUGAUAUCUUUUAUUUAAUAUCUAUAUAAGUUCGAGGUUAAUUCGAAUACAUCGAAAGGAGUAAACGAAAGAAAAAAAAAACAGGCGAAGAUUAAUUAAAAACAUUAAUAAAAAAAAAAAUCCUCAGGAGCUAUACAUAAAACGAAACAGCGUUUACUGUCCAGGGAAUUUUCUAUUUAAAGAAAAAAAAUAUAUAUACAAGGAAAUUAACCGUACACAGAAGAUCAGACAUACAAACUCCACUAUGAUCGACUGGGAUUUCGUGAAGGAAAUUAUUCUAACCAUUUUGGCUUUUUAUUAUUACUUACUGGAAGGAAUUAUACGGGCCAUCCUGCCGGGAUGUUUUUAUGCGAAGGAUGUUGCAGGGGAGACGGUUCUUAUUACCGGAUCAGGAAGCGGAAUCGGCCGUGAGCUAGCCCUUCGGUUUGCCAAACUCGGUUGUCGAAUGGUCCUUUGGGAUAUUGACGUUCAAGGCAAUGAUACAACUGCCAAAGCAAUCAAAGAACUUGGUGGUAGCUGUUACCAGUAUACAGUGGAUCUCGGUAACAAAGACGAGAUUUAUGAAACGGCUCGAAAGGUGAACGAAGAUAUUGGAAUGGUUCAUAUACUAAUAAACAAUGCUGGCAUUGUGACUGGUCGAAAAUUUUUGCAGUGCCCUGAUGAAUUGAUACAAAAAACUAUUGAUGUCAAUACAAUGGCACACUUCUGGACUGUGAAAGCAUUUCUACCAACUAUGAUCAAAGAAAACCAUGGACAUGUUGUAACUGUAGCAAGUGCAGCAGGUCUCCUUGGUGUCAAUAGCCUUACUGAUUAUUGUGCCAGCAAGUUUGCAGUGGUAGGAUUUGAAGAGAGUCUUCGAUUUGAACUUGAAGUAUUAGGCAAAGAUGGUGUUCACACAACAGUGGUCUGCCCUUUCUAUAUAAAUACAGGCAUGUUCAAUGGUGUAAAAGUUCGAUUUCCUUACCUGAUGCCUAUAUUGGAACCAGGAUAUGUAUCAGAUAAAAUUGUGGAGGCUGUACGUUGUAACACUCAUAUUUUAUACAUCCCACGGUUGCUCUAUUACACACUUGGACUAAAAGGAUUAUUGCCACACAAAUGCAUAUCUCUGCUUGCUCGUUUCUUUGGAGUAUCUACAGACAUGGAAAAAUUCAAGGGUAAACUGGGACAAAAGAAGGAAUGAUUUUUCUGAGUUCGUUCACAGGUACUUGCCGGUGAGAUGUAUGUCAGUGGUUUGUAACUUCUUUGCUACCACUCAAAGUAUGGAGACGUUUAUUGGCCGACAAAAACAAGAUUGAAUCUUCUCCAUUCACACACACACUACCACAUUUACAUGCAUACACAGAGGAACACAUAUACAUAUAUGCACACAAAUAAAUAUUUAUAGGCUCAUGAAUUAAUACAGAUGCAAACACUUGUUCUGAUAAAGAUGUAUAAACACACAAUGCAGAGGAAUACACAUGCUCACACAUAUAUUCAAACACAUACAUACAUACACACAUUAUCAAAUGAAAUGUCCUCUUGGACUAAAGUCUGAAUACAAAAACGAAAUUUAAGAUUUUUCUCAAAUUUUUUAUAUAAGUAUAGAAAUCAGUUAUCUACUAGCUACUUUCACAAGUAAGAUUACUUAUAUUAUGUAUUAUUGCAUAUGAAUGAUGAAAUAUUACUUCCUAAUUUCUUGUCUAUUUGAGAUUUAAGCUAGUGUAGGAGAUGUCAGUAUUUUAUUAAAAUAUGGAACCAUCAUUUGAAAUUAGGGCUCAGAUUCUUGCUUUGCUUAGCAAUGGACUCACAUACAGGAAGAUAUCAGCACAGCUAAAAGUAUCAGUUGACGAUGUCCAGAAAGCUUAUUGCCAUUUUCAUUUGAUAGAUGUGCACAAAUGACAUACAACGUCAGGUAGACCUUGUACCAAAAUCUUCACACUGAAUGUGUGAUUGAUUAUCUUUGUGUUGCAUCACAAUUUACAGGGAAGAAUUCUAUGUUAAGACAAUAAGUUGUUGAUUGCUAAAAGACUUUUAAAUAAUUGCUUUAGGUACAGCAAAAUAGAUAAGGCUUUCACAGAAGACAUCUAGGAUUAUCUGCACUUCUGCAGUGAUAAUAAAAACUGGACUAAUGUGGACUGGUUUAAUGUAAUGUUUAUGACAAAACAUCCAUUAAGGAUUUACAUCUAAAACUCCUUUUGUUUGUCAUCCAUCAAACUCAAAGUACAAUCUUAUGUAUAUAUUCUCAUAUGAGUCAAGCAAUGGCCAUCCAUUAUGAUAUGGGUGAUGGGGGUGGGGGCUAUUUCUUCAAAGGGCAGCACUGGUAUUUGAAUAAUAUCCUACAAUGCAAUUCUGAAACUUACCUACAUGUUCCACUGAAGCUGUUCCUUACUCAUAUAAGCAUUCUUAUUUGCAAUAUAUUCCAACAUGGAUUUUCUACAUAUAUCCAAAGAAUAGCUUAGUUCUAGCUAAUGAGAUUACUCUAUUGGGUAAAUGACCAGUAUAAUAUUUUGGUCUGAACCCUAAAGAAAAUUUACAGGAUUAUAUUAAAAGCAAAAUUUGAAACGGAAAAUGUUUAAUCAUUUUCCAAUUUAAAAGAUACUGCAAGUUCGACAAGGGAAAAUAACUAGAGAUUACUAUAAAAAAUUUGGUUGAAAGCAUUUCACUGCUGUAUCGGAAGUUAGGUGAUUAUAAUACCACGUAUUUAGUUGUAUAACAUUGAUAUGUCUCCUUUUGUAAGCAUAUAGGGAAGUAGAAAGAUAGACCACCUGUCCAACUUCAGAAAUCUCUCUUUUGUAAGUCAUCAUGUUAUCUAAUUAUAUUACCAAAUGCAUUCCUUAUUUUUCUUCUUUUUUUUUAUUUAAAUCAUCAAUUACGUUUUAAAACUUUUUUUGUCAAUGUAUUCAGACUUCUCAAUGAGACUAUAUUGAUAAUAAAUGAUACACACACAGCCAUGCACGUCAUCAAUAUAAACAUUGGUAAGUGGAAAAGAACAAGUUUCACUAAAAGUCAGCUGAAAAUAUGCAUACAUAAAUAAAUUAAUUUCUAAAUUAAAUUAUAUAUUAAUAAAUAUGUUUAAAAUAUUUUUAAAAUAUGGAAAAAUUUAUAAAAAAAAAAGCUAAAAAAAUUGGGAAAAAAUACACAAAAUGAAGUAUAAAUUAAUAUACUUCUGAAAUUACACUGGAAGUAAACUAUGAAGAUGGAAUAAAAAUAUUUGAGUUUUUGGCAUUAACAUUAUUAUUAUCAUUAUUAUUAUUAUGAAUAUUAUUACUAUUAUCAUUAUCAUCUUCAAAGCAGUCAGCUGGCUGAAUCAAUAGCACACUUGGCAAAAUGCUUAGAAGUAUUUCAUCCAUCUUUACGUUCUUAGUUCAGAUUCUGCUGAGGUUGACUUUGCCUUUCAUCCUUCCAGGGUCAAUAAAAUAAGAGCACUGGGAGUCAAUAUAAUCAACUAGUUCCCUACCCUAAAACUGUUGGCCUUUUGACAAAAUUUGAAACCAUUAUUAUUACCAUUAAGGUGGCGAGUUUGGUAGAACUGUUAGCAUGCUUGGCAAAGUGCUUAGUGCCAUUUCAUCUGCCUUUAUGUUCUGAGUUCAAAUUUCCACCAAGGUCGACUUUGCCUUUCAUUCUUUCAGGGUUGAUAAAUUAAGUACCAACGAAACACUGGGAUCGAUGUAAUUGCCUAGUCUCCUCCCCACAAAUUUCAGGCCUUGUGCCUUUAGUAGAAAGGAUUUAUUGACAUAAUGGCUUAGAAGCAGAAAGAAAAGCUCUGAGGAACAGGUCUAAAUUAAAGUUCUGUCAACUGGCAGAUUUUUCUUUUUAAGUUCAGAUAUUUGUUUAUUAACUUGGCUUUUCAUCCUUCUGCCAUUGAGAACAGAUAAUACCAGUUAAGUAUUGGUAUCAAUUCAAUCAAUUAUAAACCUUCCCUAUAUUUUGUGCCGGUGUAAGAUAUUAUUAUUGUUGUUAUAUUAUGUACACUUGUCUUAUUGUAAACUUAUUAUGGUGGUGAUGGGCAGAAUCAGCUGGUGGGUGUAUUAAAUACUUUUCAGUUUUUUUUAUUAAUAUCUUAUUACACUUUGAGUUUAAAUGUAUGAUUUUGCAUCUACAUUAGAUAUUCUUCUUCUUCUUUUCAUCAUUAUUAUUAUUGUUGUUAUUAAUGCAGUGAGCUGGCAGAAUCAUUAGCACAGUGAACAAAAUGCUUAAGGGCAUUUCACCUGUCGUUUAUAUUAUGUAUUCAAAUUCUGUCAAGGUCAACUUUGUCUUUCAUCCUUUCAGGUUCAAUGAACACUGGAGUCAAUGCAAUCAACUAUUCACCUACCGUAAAAUUUCAGGCCUUGUGCCUGUAGUAGAAAGGAUCAUAAUUAUUAUGUUAAAGGCAGUGAGCUGGUAGAACCAUUAGCAUGCCAGGCAAAAUGUUUAACAGAAUUUCAUCUGUCUUAGCAUUCUGAGUUCAAAUUCUGCUGAGGUCGAUUUUGCCUUUCAUCCUUUCAGGGUUGAUAAAAUAAGUAUCAGUUGAGCACUGGGGUUGGCGUAAUCAAAUUGGCCCCUCCCCCCAAAAAUGUUGGCUUUGUGCCAAAAUUUGAAACCAUUAUUAUUGUUGUUGAGGCAAGUUGGCAGAAUUGUUUACAUUCAGGAUUUAAAUCUAACAAGUCAACUUCAUCUUUAAUCUGUUUCGGAGUCAAUAAAAUAAGUAUCAUUGAAGUACUGGGUUUUGAUGUAAUCAAUAAAUCCUCUCUCCUCAAAAAUGCUGGCCAAAAAGGUGGCACGUUGGCAGAAUCAUUAGAGUGUUGGAAUAAAUGCAUUGCAGUAUUUGUUCUUGUUUUUUUUUGCAUUCUGACUUCAUAUCCCACCAGGGUCAACACUGUUUUUCAUCCCCCCCCCCCAGCCUAUAUUAAAUAAAGUACCACUGAAAUAUGAGGCACAAUGAAGUCAGCUAUUCCUCUCCCCACUAAAUUUGUGGUCUUGUGCAUAUAUGAGAAACCAUUAUUAUUAUCUGUUAUUAUUAUGAUGACAUGUUAGCAGAAUCAUUAGCAUGCCAGACAAAAUGCUUAGUGGCAUUUUGUCCAUCUUUACGUUCGAAGUUUGUUGAGGUUGUAUUUGCCUUUCAUUUUUUUCAGGGUCAAUAAAAUGUACCAACUAAGUACUGGGGUCGAUGUAAUUGACUUAGUCUCCUCCCACAUAUCAGGCCUUGUGUCUAUAAUAGAAAGGAUUAUUAUUAUGCCUCCAGGGUUGACUUUCAUCCAAUUGGGGGAUCAAUAAAAUAAGUACUAAUUUAGCAUUGGGGUUGAUGUAACUGACUAACCCUUCCUCCAAAAUUUCAGGCCUUGUGCCUAUAGUAGAAAGUAUUAUUAUUACUGUUAUUAUUGUGUUGUGUUAGCAGACAUUUAGUUUCAUUGAGACACUAUUCUCCCGUCUGUGCUCUGUCUAUUCAUCUUUCUGAAAUAUCACACUCUAGACUGUUAACCAACACUAUCUACUACUACAUUACCAUUCCCAAAACCCAUCAUGUAGGGACUCAACAUAAUGGCCAAAUCUUUCAAGUUCUCCAGCUAAAAAUGUUUGUCAAUAUUUAAUUCCAUCCAAACUGUUUCCAUAUUUGUCACCCCUCUGAAGUGUCAAUUAUAUGUGUUACUAAUCAAAGCCUGGUUUGAUUUAAAUGACUAAACCAUUUUCCUAUGAAUUUUGGGGCUUGGAUCUGUAAGAGAGAUCACUUAAAAUUUUUUAUAAAAGUAAUACCUCAGGAAAACUUUUUAAGGUAAUUUGUGUUACCACAUUGGCAUUAAAAACUAAAAAAAAAUGUAAUAAAACACAACAAAGAACAAUGAUUCAUUUCUGCAUUCGUUACUUGGUUUGAUCGUAUUUUUUUUUUUGUUUCUUUUUCAAUUUUCUUUUUAAUUCUUGCUCUAAUUGUUGUAAAAUUAAAUUCAGUUGCUAUAUACUUAUAUAUGAUGAUUAUAAAAUACUUUGAAAGUGAA